AUGGACCGGGAUACAAGCGACAGCAUGAAUGAUGAGUCCUCUCAAUAUCAUCGUUAUGAUCCCUCACCUUUAGCACGACUUACAGAGCCCAUUCACACGUUGCCAGCAGCUCCAAGUCCCAAUCCUUGGAGAUAUUUUCAUCGGUAUCAAACAGUGGACGUCUUAGCACGAGAACCUCUCGGUCCAUCAAAUGUCCCAAAGGAACGACUUCAUGCUGAUUUGUUUCGAACUUUUACAUCCAAUGAGCUGUUGAAUUAUCGACCGAGAUUGCUACACGAUGACGUCAAGAAUGCCUUGAAUCGACAGGAUAGUGUACCCCUGGUUACACCGGGUUACUUUCAAAGUGAAAGUUUACGGACAUUUUAUCGGAAUUUACCACAUCUCGUGUACGGGCACGGAAACAAGAGGAACAAGCGAGAAAUGAAGGAUCGAAAGAUAAAACAAGUGUCGUAG